UAGUUUAUGGGUUUGAAAGAAUUAUGAAUUUGGGGGAUUUCCAAAUUUUACGAUGAUGCACAUCAGUUUCCUUCCUUAUUCUUUCUAAGUUUAGACAUACGUUACAUAGUAGGACACAAGCAAACAGAUAUAAUUUCUUCAACAGUGUUAUUUUGGUCUAACCACAACACCGAAAUAGACAUAAUUCACUUAUUAAUGACUAUUAAACAUAAAUACUGGGACCUAAACAAAAAAUCAUUUUUUAACCGUUUUCGCUCGUUCCAAGGCACUUUCGAUAGAAUCUCAACCAAUACAUUUUGAAUAUGUUCCCAUCCUUCGUGAGAACUCAUUUAUAUUUUUAAACACUUAAUUGAGACCUGAUUGAAGCAGUGAUAAAUCAUGAGUACAAUUUUGAACAAUUACAACACUACCAAAAAUGUGUUUGAUAACUUACUGGCAGCAUCACCCACCAAUAACGCUUCAAAUCAUUGCAUAAGAAAGUGGGCCUGGUUGCUGGACAUGUCGGAAAUUGAACCUGGGAACUCUGCAGUUCUCGGAGGAAAUAAAUUAGUCUUUUAUGGAGUUCAUUACACUGCGAUUGUUUUUAUCUUAAUUUCUUUAACAUCCUGCACAUCAGUGAUCAUCAACGUUUUUCGGAAUUCAAAAAAUCGAAAAAAUUGGGAUUUUUCUGACCGGUUUCCGCUCUACUUGGCCAUUUCAGAUGGGCUAUGGGGACUGUCAAACUUGUCCGGUGAUCAUGUCAUACUUAUAAUUCGUCAGUUAUUUCCUGAGAAGCACGUGGCCACUAUGUUGGCCGUGAACGUCUUUUUCUUCUUUGCGUACCAACAAUUGAUGAGUGCUGGCUUAUCCCUCUACACCUACAUGAAAGUUGUUCGACGCGUCUCUCUCGACUUGGGCCAUUGGGAAUGGAAACUGCACGCCAUCGUCGUUGCUUUUGUGCUUUGCAACGUGGCCUUGUACUGCUACGUGGGAGCUUUAGGAAAUGCUGGAUUUUGGUUUCUAGCCGACCUGAAUACAAACUGGGGGAAAUUAAUGGGAGUCAACAUUUGCCUCACGUGCACCGUCCAUGCCCUUCUCACAUUAGUAGCAUAUAGAGCAAUUCAAAAAGUGAUUACCAAUCAGAAACGCGUCGUGUCAACGCACAUUCAACCACUCUCAUCCUCCUUUGAUAUGGAUCCCGACUGGUCAAAGCCGACUAACGGGGGCACGAGGCAAGCGUCCUCUCAAUCUUGUAGGACCACAACCCAUCGAAAUAAUAGCUGCCGAAUCAUUCAGCCAAGAUACCAUUCAACGGCUACAAAUUGUCUCACGACCUUUGUCUACAUUUCGAUCUGCUUGUAUUUUCCGUUCGCAGUAACAGCGUGGCUGUAUUUGACCUUUGGCUUUUUCGGUUUUAUUGAGCCAACUACUGCUUUCAUCGUUGUGAUUGCUGCCAACAGCGGAGGGUGGGUCAACAUGUGGGGAUACUUCCACAAUAGAAAAUUGAAGGAGAUGCGAAGAAAAAUUGUGGUAAAUAAUAUAAAAGCCAAUAUUUUAUCAAGUUCUAGCAGUUCCGUGUAGUAAUUUUUAUCGUGACGUGAGUCCACGGGAAUAAAGAAAAUACUAUUUAUACAACUUUGAAUUAUAAA